AGGCAACGACGGGAAGGAACCGGCCGGCGAGCAGAAAGAGGCGACGAGUAGUGCUUGGCGUACGGUUUGUGUUGUGUGCGCGCUACCCGUCGAGACAGGCUCCAGCGAGGAGUUGUAGGCUUUUACCGGGAGGAGUAGGCGUCUCUCUCUCUCUCAGCGCGAGCGAACAAGAGGGAAAGCAUCUCUCUGCGACGCGACAGUGGUAGAGUCAGAGUGGAGUAGCGGCCGGGAAUAAAGAGGCGACAGGAAAGAGAGAGAAAGGUAGAGAGAGAGAGAGAAGGAGAAAAGGGAGAAAAACGCACCGGCAAGAAUGACGAUGGCAACCGAGACGGAGAACAACGGGCCCGAGAGCAAGGAAAUCAAGGACGUGAAGGAGAUGAAAGAGGCGCUGAAGGACGACGCGCCGCCGGAUAACAAGCAGGAGGAGAAGGACGCAGCGAAGAAGGACGAGGCGGCCGGCAAGAAGGACGACGACGCCGCCGCGGCCGCUGCGGGCGGCACGAACGCGGCGCCGGCGAAGGCCAGCACCGUGCACCACCCCGACUACGAGAAGGAUGUUGUUUACCUGUAUCAAUUCCCGCGUACUCCGCUUCUGCCCUCCCUGUCCCCGUACGGUCUCAAGGUGGAGACGUGGUUGCGACUCAACGGCAUCAAAUACGAGAAUGUUGAUCACAAGAUGAAGUUCCGCUCCAAGAAGGGCCAGUUGCCGUUCGUUGAGUUGAAUGGCGAGGAGAUCGCUGACAGCACGAUCAUCCUGCGGGAGCUGAGUCAGAAGUUUGGCAAGGACCUGGACGCCGGUCUCACGUCCGAGCAACGCAGCGUCUCUCACGCCAUGAUAUCGAUGAUUGAGAAUCAUCUGGUCUGGGUGGUCGCGUGCUGGCGCACGAAAAAUCUCGACCAGGUCCUCAAGGGCUACAAGGUCAAUCUUCAGCUCGCCCUGGGAUCACGUAUUCCCAAUGCUAUUCUCAACUUCUUCUUCAAGCUCACGUUCGGACGCAAGGUGGAUUGGUUACAGGGUGCAAGGAAAGUGAAGGCUCAGGGAAUGGGCGUGCACAGUCCGGAGGAGGUGUCCCAGUUCGGCUGUACCGACCUCAAGGUGCUAUCGGACACGCUCGCCGACAAACCCUUUUUCUUCGGGGACGAACCGACCACCAUGGACGUAGUAGCGUUUGCGCAUCUCGCUCAGAUCCUCUAUAUCGACAAAGACACGCCCUACAGCCUGCGAGACUACAUGCAGGAGAACUGUCCUAACUUGGUUGGUCACUGCUCGCGCGUCAAGGAACGAUGCUUCCCGGAUUGGGACGAGAUCUGCUCCAGCUUGGACAUGAACACGCAUCUGCCCAAGCCCGAGAAGCAAGAGGAAAAGGAGGGCAAGGAGGAGGCGAAGGAGUCCAAGGAGUCCAAGGAGGAGAAGGAAGGAGACAAGGAGAAGGCGGACAAGGAGGAGAAGGAGGUGGAGAAGGACAAGGAGGUCGAUGAAAACAAAGAAAAAGAGAAGGACGGCAAAUAAGCGGUCUCGUUGCAAAGGGAAGUAAUAAGUCGUUUUCAAGGCGAUUUAAAAACGAAGCCGCGAAGGUGUGCGAUGGUGAAUAAAUAAAGAUAUAACGAGAGAAAGAGAGAGAGAGAGAGAAAGAGAGAAAGAGAGAGGGAGGCGGUUGAUGAUCAUGGCAAGAAGUGUGCGUGAAUAUAUGCGUGAAAGUGUGAGCAUGUGUGGUUGCGUGAAUGUGACGAUUGCGGAGAGACGAGAGAGAACGUGAUGUAGAGAGAGAAAGAGAGAGAGAGAGAGAGAGAGAGAGAGUGCGCGUAUAUGGUGACGAGGGAAGGGAGUUGCCGGAAGUGAUGGAUAGCGUAUGUGCGAGAAUGAAAGAUAAAGAAAGAGAGAAAGAGAGAGACUGAGAGGGAGAAAGGGGGAGACGGAGACAGAGAGAAUCUGCGUAUGCAUGGUGUAUGCUUGUGCGUGUGCAAGAGAAAGAAAGAAAGAGAGGAAGACAGAAAAAGGGAGAGAGAGAGAGAGAGAGAGAGAGAGAGAGAGAGAGAGAGAGAGAGAGAGAGAGAGAUGAGGUUCAGGACUAAAGCUCUCUACUUAUACGUAUAGAUAUUAAUAGACUCAUGUAUAAUGUUAAUACUUCGUUUAUAUACGUUCAGAAACGCGCCACGCGUGCGUUAUUUCAUAUUGACACUCGAAACACACACGACUGGAGCGACUUAUUCUCUAUUCCACGCCCUUUUCUCUGCUCUAAGGAAACAAACGAAAAACAGGGCUAUUUCACACACAAGUCAUUAGAAACGUAGGAUUGCAAUAUACGAACUGCAAUAGAGUCUGAACGCAGCAGCUGGGGUCUUUAUCGACGGUGGCCAAAUGCAAUUUACGCUAUAAGAUACAAGUAGUUACGGAUGAGGAAGUUCGAAAAGGAAGAAGCGAGGGGUAGGGUCUCGCCCGCGACGGCGCACCGGUCGGUCCCCAUCUACCGGGCGAGAAGAGAGAGCGCGUCCUCUACCGCUCUCCUCGCUUCUCUCGAUAAUUCUUGCUGUGCAAAAGUUACCUUGCGCGCAACCCCCCGCCGCCGCAAUGUGUAACGCGACUUCUUCUCUUUUGAUUUAGUUUGCGUUUAUUAUUUUUUUUUUCGUCUCACGUUCAUACGUGUAUCGCGCGUUUUACUUUCGCUCAUCAUCGCGUUGGAUGGAGUUUUUCGAAAGAUUUUGUAGCAUAAUAAGAUUUUACACGAUAUAUAUCAUUGAGAGGCUGUCUUAAUCGAAAAAAAAAGAUCGUCGGAAGAGAAAGGUGUAUCAUGCGUGUCACGUAGCCGGUCCAUCGACGCGACCCGAUACUUUCAUUAUCGAUAAUACUAAUAAAAGUAACACGUUAAUAUUAAAUAUAAUUAUAAUAUUAAUAAGAAUUUACAACAAUAAAGUAAAAUGCUAAUGUUAACUGUAAUAGUGAUAGUGAGGAGAAAAGGAAAAGAAAAAGAAAGAAAGAAAGAAAGAAAGAAAGAAGGAAGGAAGGAAGGAAGGAAGGAAGGA